AUGGCUUUCUUAUCUGGAGGUGAUGUAACGUUGAAGAAGAAAAUUAAAAUCAAGUCUUUUCCUAGAAAACAAAGAAGACUUUUGAUUGAGGCCUUGGAUAAAGUCAUAAAGAGUGAUGAUAUAAAAUUUUAUCCUGAAUUAUGGAAAUUAGCGUUCCAUUCAUUGCAUGUCGGUGAAUUCAAGCAUACAAGAAUUCCCGAAAUAGCUCAAAGAUAUAGAAAUGAAAAUAAUGUACAUACUUUAGAUACCAACUAUUGUGAAGCCAUUAAGGAAGGUAAAUCUAAAGAAGCUGUGGAUACUUUGAAAAUUAAACCUUCUGUAUUUGCUAGAAAUCUUGAUAAGUUAAUAAGAGAUUGUUUUUCUACUAAACGUAAUGAAGACAUUAACGAAAUAUUAGAUCAAUUUGAGAAAUGUAUAUCGAAAAUUGGAUCCAAAGUCUUGUUGCAGUUAUUGAGUCAUUUCCAGAGAAGAAAGUAUUUCUUAUCUGAACUAUCUACAGAAGAGGGAAAGAAAUACAAAAGGCUCGUACAAAUUAGCGGAUCAAUUUCUAGAACAUAUCCAAUUCCAAACAACGAUGUCAUGAUACCAAAUGUUGUGUUAGAUAAGGUUAUUGAUAUACUUAACCAUGGUUUAAUAGAGAAAUUCGGAACAAGAGGUUUAUUGAAAGACAAAAGAGCAUAUCUUGCUCCUGGAAUGGAGGAUAUACUCAUACCAUUGCAGCUUUCAUCGGCGUCGGCUAAGAAAACGCUUGCAAGAGGAUCUAAAAUUCCAAUAUUUGACAUAUUUGAAGAAGAUAAAGAUAAGAAAAACAUUUUGAGAUUCUUCUUGCAUUGGAUUGGAUACAUUAUAGAUCUUAGUAUGAUGUUGAUAGAUAGUGAUUUAGAGAAUCCUAAAUAUGUCUUCUGGAAAAAUUUGAAAGUUGCUGAUUAUGCUUUGCAUUCAGGUGAUAUCCUUUUGGCCCGUCCACCCAAAGGUGCAAGUCAGUUUAUCGAUGUAGACAUGAAGAAGGCUAUAGAUGCAGGUAAUAGGUAUGUUAUAUUGGAUGCCCGAGUAUGGGGUGGUGGUCCCUUGACAUUUGCUAAGCAUGAAUUAUGUUUCGGUGGUGUUAUGGCAAGAGAAGAGAUGAAUUCUGGAGAGAUUUAUGAACCAAGCACUGUGAAAUAUAAAUUCGACUUGCAGAGUGAAACAAGAAAUACUAUUAUGUUUUUGUUCGAUUUAGAAUUAAAAGAAUUGAUUUGGGUAGAUACUUCAAUGAAUGUGGGCCCCUGUUCAGAUAUCCAAGGAGAUUCACUGAAAGUUUGUGACGUUAUAAGGGAAGUACUUAAAGCUCAUAAACAUAAAGUUUCUAUAGCCCAACUUGUUGAUCUUCAUGUCAAGGCAAAUGAUGCUGAAAUUGUGGAUGAUAAGUCUAAAGCCAACUUCAUAGUAUCGAUGACUGAUGAUGGAGAUCUUGAUGUCUAUAAUGUAGCCGAGAUAAAUUCAAACUGGAUUUGA